CGCGUCACCUGUAGAAACGUACCAUCUACAUUUCCUGGUUGUAAGCAAACCACAAUAUCCAGAAUUAAUAGCGAUUUCAAGACGUAGUACCGCCAGUCGAUUGGAACCACGUAAGAAUAAAACAAUUCAGCCUCGACCACGCACACAAAUUGCCUCAGUCUGCGAGUUGCCUAGCAACUAGGCUCCGCUCUGGUUUGCCAGUUGCCCACUGACUAGAGACAGCCAUUAGUUGAGACUAAUCCUGCUGCUGACCUUGACACCAGUUUUAGUAGUACAGAUCCCGGAGGCCCAUUGGAUGAAAACUAUCAGCCGGGAACAAGCUCAACAUCAUCUGACUUGGAUGAGGAAAAAGGACUUCAUGAGGCUGGCAAGAGACAAAGUGUUCAGUCUGAGUCCAAGGUCAUACAGCUCAUGAAGUUCUGCCAGACCAGCUGCCAUUGGCCCAACCAACACAAGACGAUGCACACCAGCUGAAGAACAUUCCGGACCCUGCCUGGAACAUUCAGCCAACAAAAUAUCUAUAUUGUUGUACUGAUGUUGUAGUAUAAUGUAGAAUACCUAGUAUACUCACAACUAUAAUGUUGAUUUGAGUAGCAGCAGAAAAUAAUAGUGUUGACUUCCAAAUUCUGGAUUAAUUCAUUGUGAUAUUUAAGAAAUCUAUUCAGAAGUAACUUGCUACAAUCUUACUACUGAAAAAAAAAACAAUGAUACAGAGAGACCAACCAUUGACGUCAUGGUUUGAACAGACCCAGCACAAAAACAAAAAAAAUCCCAAAUACCUCUCAUUGCUCAUAAUUAUUUAGGGAGACUGGGGAAAACACUCCAAAUAGUGUCUAGCUGUGAAGGUUACCUUUAAAAUGUCUGUGCUGGGAAAUGUAUCACGAUCACCCAUGUUGCACAAGCCUUAAACGUACAUAAAUAAUAAUAACUUCCCUGACUUCCCGAGUUAAACAACAUUGAAGCCUAUAGCCUGUUCAGGUUGAUUGCAGAAUGUUAGCCCUACAUUUCUGAAAUUGUUGAUUAUUUCAUCUCAACAUUUUAACCCAUUUGAAACUGAAUGAAUGAGACUGGCGCUGUAAUAUUUGAUGAGGCUGAGAUAUUUACGAAUCGGAGAGGGACUCUUUUUCUGCGUUAUCCCAUUGGUCAAUGUCACUGCAGUGUGCCCCCUGCAGGCAGGCGGAUCGUUGCACCCCUCCCUCCCCAACACGCCUGCUGCUACUGGAAUAACCGGGAAGCGCGCUCUUACAACGGGGAUCUCCUCCGCAACGUCAUUCGCUAAAACCAUUUCUCGAACGGUGGGAUCUUGCGACGUAUUGUAGCUAAGCUUUGAUGGCCAGAUAUGUUGUAGAACAGUGCGAGGGUUGGUGCUGUUCGAGGGGAGGAGCUAGUUUUUAAUUCUGGACUUCAAAUACAACAUGCUGGAGAGAGGGCGAGGGGCCGCUCGUUCCCCUUGGUAUAGAGAAGGAUGAAUGCCACUCUGUUCCAGCCUAACUGAGAACGAGGGAGCAACAGAGGAAGAGGAACAAGUGAAGAAGAAUAUAUUGAAAUCCGUACUCUCGACAUCCGGACAAUUAUUUCUCUCUGUUCGUCUCUCUCUCUCUCUCUCUCUCUGUGUGUCUCUCUGUCUCUCUCUCUCUCUUUUCCUCCAUCAUCGACAUCGUUCACUGCAGCGACGCUACCUCUCCUAGACUUUGAGCCGUGAAGGGGCUCUAACACACACACACACACACACACACACGUUUGGUCUGUGUCCUGUUGAUCUGCUAAUGCUGGUUAAUCCUGGCUGCCUGCCUGCUCGCUCCAUCCCAAUCUCCAGAUCAUGAAGAGGCCCAAGCAACAGACUCAUCCCCUCAGCUUCCUCUCCUUCUUCAGCCGGAAGCCUAAAUCCGAUCCCAGGCUUGAGAGACCUGCUGGGGCCCACAACAAGGAGGAGGUCUCCAUCACUCUCACACCCAGCGAACAUGCAGACCAGGUUACUGCCCUGCUGAAAGGUGAAUGUGUCUCUCAGUGUCUGUUGGAAAGCAGAUUGAAUCAGGAGCAGCACAUCACAGCCGAAGAGGGCGGGAUCGAGCAAGGCGACUUCGAGGCGGCAUCGUCAGGGGUGACGGGUGACGACCCUGUCGCUGCGGUGGAGGUGGAAUGCUGCGGCGGCGGAGCCAACAGCUCGUCCACAGGUGUCUUAUCCCUCUCGUCUUCCAGCCAGGACCAGCUAUUGGACGAUCACCACUUGGAGGAGUGUCCUUUAUGCCUCCUCAGCCAACCACGAUGCCGGUUCCCUCGCCUCUCUUCCUGUUCCCACCGGGCCUGCUAUGACUGCCUGAGACAGUACCUGAAGAUUGAAAUCUCAGAGAGCAGGGUGGGCAUCGCCUGUCCGCAGUGCCCCGAGGCGUUUGCGCCGCAAGAUGUGCGCACCAUCCUGGAUGACUUGACGCUGCUGGAGAGAUUCGAAGAGUACCAGCUGAGACGGUUUCUGGCAGCCGACCCGGACACGCGCUGGUGUCCUGCACCCGACUGCAGCUUUGCAGUGAUAGCGUAUGGCUGUGCUGAGUGUCCUAAGCUAAGCUGCGGGCGUGAGGGCUGCGACACAGAGUUCUGCUACCACUGUCGGCAGCUGUGGCACCCCGACCAGACGUGUGACCAGGCUCGACGCCAGCGAGCACGCCACACUUCCGGGGGAAAUGAUGCCUCCACACUAUACGUCUUCAACGAGGAGCCUGGAGGAGAGUCGGAGGAGAUCAAGGCGUGUCCUCGUUGUGGAGCCUACAUCAUGAAGACCAACGAUGGCAGCUGCAACCGGAUGAACUGUACCGUGUGCGCCUGUCAGUUCUGCUGGCUGUGUAUGCAAGAGAUCACCGACGUGCACUACCUCAGUCCCUCAGGUUGUACGUUCUGGGGGAAGAAGCCGUGGUCUCAGACCCGGAAGGUGCUGUGGCAGGUGGGCAUGCUGCUCGGCGCCCCAGUAAUCAUCUCUCUCAUCGCUGGCAUCGCCAUCCCCGUCAUCAUAGUGGGCAUUCCCAUCUACAUGGGCCGCAAGGUCCACGGACGCUGUAAGAAGAACAAUAUCUCAGGUAGUAAACAUUACCUAACGGUGGCCAGCGGCGUCAUGAUGUCCGUGUUCGUGUCGCCCGUCAUAGCUGCUGUCACUGUGGGGGUGGGCGUCCCAUUGAUGUUGACGUAUGUCUAUGGGGUCGUCCCCAUGUCGCUCUGUCGGAAUGGAUGGUGCCAGCCGCACAACGACCCCCCAGAAACACAUAAGAUACAACUGGAAGACCUAGCCAGCUAUCUUCUAUUCUCUCAUGUAGUCAGCGACCACUGGCCGGGACCGGGGCCAAGAGGCCAGACCAACCCCGCCCUCAGCGACACCAGCGUCCAGGAAGUCCUACAAGAUGUUAGGGUCAGCGUACAGGAAGUUGGCCUGCUCCCCAGCACCAGCAGUGCUGCCACGCCCCCAGAACCAGAUGCAUGCGCAGGAUUGGACAAGCAUCAGAUGCGUCAUGUUUAUAUGCAGCAGGACAGCCAAUCAGACUGCGAAGGAGCUGGGGGUGCUGGGAUGCUGGAUAAGACACAGACAUUCUCCUUGCGGGAGGGAACAAACAUUGAGGUGCGUGUAGAGAUCGAGGCCCAUCCACGAGGCGCACGUCAGUCCAGCCUCAGUAGCAUCCUGUCCAGUCGCAGCCUAUCAGCUGAGUCCCUGGGUCGAGCACACACAGUAGGCCGCGCCCACUCGCAAGAUCACCUGGGCCACGCCCACUCCCAGGAACAUCUGUAUGCCUCUGAACAUGAAGAAGAGAGUGGAGAAAAGGAAAGUAGAGGAAGAGAGGGAGAAUGCAGGGACCACCUGCAUGUUUUUGAGACGGACAAUGUCUGAGCUUCGCCUACUAUUUAGGCCACACCCCGCUUCCACUACAGGCUCCUACCACCAACUGUCUUCCUGCUCCACCGUCUAAGAGUCGGGGACAUGGAGAGAGAAAGGGAGAGCGAGAGCGACAGUGAGGAGGGAGAGAUGGAAAAAGUGUGUUUGUGAAAAAUAGACUAAAUAAACAGGGCCGCUUGCCAACACGGAUGCAUCAAAACGAACCUGAAAUGACUGAAAGCAUGUUGAUCGACUAGUAAUAUAAUAAUAUAUGCCAUUUAGCUGACGCUUUUAUCCAAAGCGACUUACAGUCAUGUGUGCAUACAUUCUACGUAUGGGUGGUCCCGGGAAUUGAACCCACUACCCUGGCGUUACAAGCGCCAUGCUCUACCAACUGAGCCACAGAAGGACCACUAGUCCACUAGACUAGUCUGGUGGGUGUUAGCCUCACGUUACUGUGUUCUUUCAGAAGAGACCCACCCCCCUCCCCUUCCAAUCUAACACUGGUCUAUUUAAAUGAUUAUUUAAAUUAAAAGUAUUACCAAGCCCCUUCUCUACCCUACACCCGCGUACUUAUACUGAUCUAGAGCCGUUUGUAUCAAGCAUCUCGGAGUUGGAGUGCUGAUCUCGGAUCAGUUUAGCCCUUUUUCCGAUCACAAUAAACAUGAUUAUUAUAGACAGAAAAUACCUGAUCCUAGAUCAGCACUCCUACACAGAGAUACAUACGUACAACGCCUAAUU